UGUUGCUGUAAGAGGGUCUGUCGAGUGUUUCUUCCUUUUCAAACUUAAACAAUAGCUAUAUACAGCUUCCACUGUUUCAAAUGUAUUUACUUGAACAGAUUACUACCAAAGUGACAGAUACAAAACUCAUACAGGUGCACAGUUCUCACUGGGAGUGUGUUUGAAUUAACCCGCAAAGCAAGAAUAAUCACCAAGCAACUCCGAAUACUGUGACAAGGACAACCUGUUGACUGGACCAAAAAUGUCUUCUGGAUUGGAACGUGUCAUCCUGUUCUCGAUUCUUGGUCUAGGAGUAUUUCUGAUGCUGUUUUUAAUGUACAAUAAAUUAGCUCCAUCUCGGAUCGGCCCUCCCGAGCCUGCUUUGCCAGGUCCUUACUCAAAAAGACCUGAGAACAGGUCCUUGUCUAAACAGCCAGAGCCAGAAAAGCCCAUCAUGCUGUUGUGGUUCUGGCCUGAAAACCGCAGGUUUGAUUUUAGUGAUUGUGCCACUUUCUUCAACAUUGAUGGCUGCCACCUGACAGAUGACAGGUCUCUGUACAACAAGGCAGACGGGGUGCUCAUCUUUCACAAAUCCAUCAAACACGAUUUAUCCAACUUGCCUCCAUCACCUCGACCACCAUUCCAGAAGUGGAUUUGGUAUCACGUGGAAUCACCUACAAAUACAGCUAGGAUACCUGGUCUAGAGAACCUUUUCAACUUGACCUUGAGUUAUAGGGAGGACGCAGACAUCCCUGUGCGUUGGCGCUUAACUGCAAGGAAAAGCCAGGGUGAGGACUUUGUGCUGCCCAAGAAGGAUAAAUUAGUUUGCUGGAUUGUGAGUAACAAAGAUCCUGCAACUGGAACAGGGGUACGGAAUAACUAUUACAAAGAACUUGCCAAACAUAUUAAAGUGGAACUCUUUGGCAAGGCCUAUGCAAGGUUCUUGAAAUAUGAGGACUACUACUCAACACUCUCCAGCUGUAAGUUUUACCUCUCCUUUGAGAACUCAGUCCACAAAGACUACAUCACAGAGAAGCUAAACGGACCACUUGCAGCAGGAACAGUGCCAGUAGUAUUGGGCCCACCGAGACAGAACUAUGAAGACUUUGUCCCAGGGGAUUCCUUCAUCCAUAUUAAUGACUUUCCCGAUGCAAAAGCCCUGGCUGAAUUCCUCCUCAAGUUGGACAAGGAUGAUGAGGCAUAUCUGCGCUACUUUCAAUGGCGUAGAAACUUCUAUGCUCAGGAACAUCUGCUUCAACUGAGUCAAGAGUUCAUCCAAUCUAUUUGUUAUGGAUGUGACCAUGUGGGAAAACAUAAAGAAUACAGGGUUGUUCACGACCUUUACAAGUGGUAUUUUGUCUAAUUAGUCACUUAUGAUUAGCUUUUAUCAUAAUUUGCAUGUCUAUUAUCUUCAAUAUACCAAAAAGGUAUCUUGAUUUAUCCCACAGCACAUAGGGAGUGCAUACACCGCAUCGAAUGUUGAUCUGCUGUUCUGCUGGCUCUCUUUUCAGAGGUGUUAUGUACUCUCGGCCGACAGACACUACCGGUGUCUCCGUGCCUUAUUAUCAACGACUGCUCUGCUUAUGUUUCACCUGGAAAAUCCCUUUACAACUGUGUUAUUGUACAGUGCAUUCGGAAAGAUUUCAGAACCCUUCACUUUUUCCACAUUUUGUUACAUAACAGCCUUAUUCUAAAAUGGAUUUAAAAAAAUCCC